AUGAAGCUGAAGUUACCAAACCCACAUCUAGAUGACCGGAUCCCUUCUCAUGGGGACUUGGAGAGGAUGGAGAAGGAGGAGGCAGGGGACAGGCCCAAAUGGGACAACAAAGCCCAGUAUCUGCUCACCUGUGUGGGCUUCUGUGUGGGUCUUGGCAAUGUCUGGAGGUUCCCUUACCUGUGUCAAAGCCAUGGAGGAGGAGCGUUUAUGAUCCCAUUCCUUAUCCUGGUGGUCCUGGAGGGAAUCCCACUGCUGCACCUGGAGUUUGCAAUCGGUCAGCGCCUGAGGAAGGGUAGUGUGGGAGUGUGGAGCUCAAUCAAUCCGCACCUGAUGGGAGUUGGUAUUGCUUCCAUGUUUGUUUCAUUUUUGGUGGGCAUGUACUACAACACCAUCAUGGCUUGGAUCAUGUGGUAUCUGUUCAACUCCUUUCAGGAUCCUCUGCCUUGGAGCCAAUGUCCUCUCAAUGCUAAUAAGACAGGUCUAGUGGAGGAGUGUGCUCGGAGCAGCACUGUUGACUACUUCUGGUACAGAGAGACUCUGAAUACUUCCACAGCUAUUGAUGAUUCUGGAGAUAUGCAGUGGUGGAUUGUGCUUUGCCUGGUAGCUGCCUGGACUCUGCUCUAUGUCUGUUGCAUCCGGGGCAUUGAGACCACUGGAAAGGCUGUCUACAUCACAUCCACUCUGCCGUACCUGGUCCUCACUAUCUUCCUCAUUAGAGGACUGACUCUGAAAGGCUCUGUAGAAGGAAUCAAGUACCUCUUCACACCAGAUGUCAAUGAGUUAAUGAAUCCAACAACCUGGUUGGAUGCAGGUGCUCAAGUUUUCUACUCCUUCUCCUUGGCUUUUGGAGGUCUCAUCUCUUUCUCCAGUUACAACUCUAUUCACAACAACUGUGAGCAGGAUGCUGUUCUCAUUGCUAUCAUCAAUGGCUGCACCUCAGUAUACUCUGCAACGGUUAUCUACUCCAUCAUUGGCUUUAGGGCCACACAAAAAUUUGAUGACUGCACGGGAGACAACAUCUUGAAGCUGAUGAACGCCUUCAACUAUCCUGAAAACAACAUCACAGAAAGCAACUAUAAUGAAGUUCUGACCCACCUCAACCAAACAAAUCCAGAUAUCAUACAAGAAUUGCAACUACAGACCUGUGACAUGCAGGUUUUACUCAGUCAGGGAGUCGAGGGAACAGGUCUGGCCUUCAUCGUGUUCACAGAAGCAAUCAUCAAGAUGCCUAUUUCUCCCCUCUGGGCUGUCCUUUUCUUUGUCAUGCUCUUCUGCCUCGGCCUCUCGACUAUGUUUGGCAACAUUGAGGGAGUGGUGGUUCCUUUGCAGGACCUCAAACUGUUGCCCCGAACUUGGCCCAAAGAAGUUUUCUGUGGUAUUACUUGCUUAAUCUCUUUGGGUUUGGGGCUCAUAUUUUCCCUGCGCUCUGGAAACUACUGGCUAGCUCUUUUUGACAACUUUGCUGGCUCUAUUCCCCUUCUGAUCAUUGGAUUUUGUGAAAUGAUCUCUGUAAUCUACAUCUAUGGCAUAGAUAGGUUUAACAAGGACAUUGAAUUUAUGAUCGGCCACAAGCCCAAUAUUUUCUGGCAGGUGACAUGGAGGGUGGUUAGUCCACUCAUUAUGGUCGUCAUCUUGGUUUUCUACUUUGUAACCCAAAUCACCAAGAGUCUCACCUAUUUGGUCUGGGACCAGAAUGCGGAGAGCUUCCCCACCCUCGAAGCCCGUCCAUUCCCUCCCUGGAUCUAUGUCAUCAUCUUCAUCCUGGCUGGAGUUCCCAGUUUAUCCAUCCCACUGUUCGCCCUCUUCAAAUUCAUUCACAGUAAAUGCUGCAAGCAGAAGGACUACAGUGACAAUACAGUGGACACUAUCUCUGCCAAAAUCCAAAUGAAUGACAAAAUGAAGUUUUAG